AUGGCUAUUCAAGAGAUCGUCAGUUCAUUACGACGUGAGAAUACAAUGCACGAUAGACGGGAGAUGAGAGAAAAUAGAAGGAAAAAAAGAUUUAAAAAAGCAACAGUAAUUGUUGUAAAUCCCAGCUCCCAUAGCUUAAAGACUGAAAUGUGUCAAGUUUUUAAGCUUAAGACAUCAAUUUGUGUCUCAAAACAAAGGCAAAUAAAUCUUGAGAAAUCUCUAAGCUCUGCAACAACAAAUGAUGGAAAAUUUUGA